AUGGAAAAAGCUACCAGCGAAACCAAUACAAAUGAAGACUGGUCUCUCAUAUUAGAUGUAUGUGAUAGGGUUUCAUCCAACCCACGAAGCGCCAAAGACUGUUUGAAGGCGAUUAUGAAGCGUAUGGGUCACGCCGAUCCACAUGUAGUCAUGCAGGCUUUAACGCUUUUAGAUGCUUGUGUAAAUAAUUGUGGUAAACCAUUUCAUUUGGAAAUUGCUUCUAGAGAUUUCGAAAAUGAAUUUAGGCGUUUGUUAUCAAAGGCACAACCCAAAGUUUCAUUGAAUAUGCGUCAAGUGCUUAAAAACUGGGCUGAAAACGAUUUUAAGAGUGAUCCGGAAUUAAAUUUAAUACCUUCGUUCUACAACAAGCUACGUCAUGAAGGCUACGACUUCAGCAAUUUGAACGAAAAGCCACCAAAGUUAGUAACAAAAUUGACUGCUUUACAGGAUCCAAACGUAGUAAGCAGUCAACAAGAGGAGGAUGACAUUGCUAAAGCUAUUGAACUAUCAUUGAAGGAGGCGAAAAGUAGUCCAAAGCAUCAAGGCAACGCCGGAGGUACUAGCGGAGGAGCCUCGGUCGCAUCUUCUGCUUAUCAAUCAUUAUAUCCAUCAUUUUCUGGAUCUGGAUCAAUGGCUAGCAUCACUUCUGCAGGAGGGACUUCGAAUAACUCUGCCAAUUCACAACCUGAACCGCGUAAAGUUCGGGCUUUGUAUGAUUUUGAAGCGGCUGAAGAGAAUGAAUUGACGUUUUUUUCAGGCGAGAUUAUACAUGUACUAGAUGACUCCGAUCUGAAUUGGUGGAAAGGCUAUAACCAACGCGGGGAAGGUUUGUUUCCAUCGAACUUUGUAACCGCUGACUUGUCUGUUGACCCGGAACGUUUAGAUAUCAAUCAACACAAUAAAACGAAAAAGAGUGUGCAAUUUGAAGAUGAUACCAAAGCAUUGCAAUUAAAGACUGAGGCUGCCGCAGCGGCAGUUGCCGAACAACGAAUCGAAAUCGAUGAAGUAAAGAUUGACCGUCUAUUGCAUCUUCUGCACGAAGCGAACCCUGAAGACCCUUCGCAAGAUAGCGAAGAAAUGCUGCGCUUAGAGCAGCAAGUACAUCAAAUGGGACCACUUAUUGAUGCCGAGUUGGAGCGUGUUGAUCGCAAGCAUGCACAACUAACGCAAUUAUCCAGUGAUUUGGUGGACGCAAUCAAUCUGUAUCAUUCGCUUAUGCGCGAUGAUCGUAUGGGACUAUCAGGUGGCCCCGUAUCUGGAGGUUAUAUAGGUGGUGUGCCAGAAAUGGUAAGAACAAUGGCGGGUUUAGAUUAUCAAGGCGUGCCAAAUGCACAAAUGUUAUACGGUGCAGUUAGCUAUCCAGGCAAUACACAUUUUCCACCACAUAUUCAACGACCACAGGACAUUCCACAGCAAAGUUACGGCAUGCAAUCGUUGCCCUACGCCAACGCUGUACUGAUGGCCCGUAAUCUCGCACCUGUUACCACUCAAAAUUCCCCAAACGUGGCUUCAACAGUAGUAUCGGUACCGGGCGGCAGUUAUCCUAUCCCCUUGGAAUAUCAGAAUGGACACGAAAACCCAGGACAGCGGAAUGAAAAUGCAAUGCCGCCGUCUAUGAAUCGGAUAAGCUUUAGCAGUGUAGCUCAUCAGUUGCCGGCAACAUCUGUACCGCCAUCGACUACGUCUGAUCACCAACAAAUAUCUCACUCAACCAUGGCGGCAGCUGGCUCCACUCCUGUCGGCGUUUAUAAUCCUGGGCCUCAACUCACCCAAGUGGGUCAUAUUCAACUAAGACAGUCUUUGCCGCCCAUUUCUCAAUUUGGUCACUUGCUACCUAAUGGACCGGCAAAUCAAAUAAGUGAUGCCAACAACGUUUUACCACCAGAUCAACUGCAGCAGCAGCAACUUCCUCAUCAUCCCCGCCCACAACAAUUUGGUCUCCUACCAAAUGCAACGCAACAGCCACCACAAAAUGCGUUUAUGACACCGCUACCGACAGUUGGAAUGGCACCACGCUUGCUGCCACUCAAUCAUGGCAUGCAUAACCCGGCAAAUGGUGGCGAUCAAUAUAGUCAAUUACAAAAUCAAAUGGCAGCAAUAUCUCUCACAGGUGGAGCUAAUCAGCCGCAACGGUAAGACGAUGGCUGGUGUCGAAUAUACUUCAUAGCUAAUUUUCUACUCUAAUAUUUUUGUUAAAAACUUUAUGUCUACAUUCAUACAUACACUUGUGAUCAGUUAAUUAAGCCAGCAGCGU